CCCGGAAAGGAACGGAUCCUCCAGGAAGCCGGGUCCGUGUGGCUGCCGCUGCCGCCGCGCUGCGGUGGCCGUGAUGCGUUCCGCUUGCAGCUUCCCGCUGCCAGGAGCCCCGGCCGCCAAGUCGGGCGCUGCGAGCAGGACUGACAGUGAGAAACUGACAGACAUUGAACCGUGACCCCAUGAGCUUCACUCCACUAAAGAAUGUUCAACUAAGGAGGGCCCCACUAACUGAAAUCAUGAGUUAAUGGAUCUCUCUGGUGGAAUGCUCUAACUCCAGGAGGACCCCAUCGUUUCUGUAGUGGUGUGUGAGGACUGACUCCUAGAACAUUGCCUGGUCUCUGACCCAUCAGCAUGGGGAGGAUCGGCAUCUCCUGUCUUUUUCCUGCUUCCUGGCAUUUUAGCAUCUCUCCGGUGGGGUGUCCUCGAAUUCUGAAUACCAAUUUACGCCAGAUUAUUGUUAUUAGUGUUCUGGCUGCUGCUGCUUCACUUUUAUACUUUUCUGUUGUCAUAAUCCGAAAUAAGUAUGGGCGGCUAUCCAGAGACAAGAAAUUUCAAAGGUACUUGGCACGAGUUACUGACAUUGAGGCCACAGACACCAAUAACCCGAACGUGAACUACGGUGUCGUGGUGGACUGUGGUAGCAGUGGGUCUCGGAUAUUUGUCUAUUGCUGGCCGAGGCAUAACGGCAAUCCUCACGAUCUGCUGGAUAUCCGCCAAAUGAGGGAUAAAAACCGAAAGCCAGUGGUUAUGAAAAUAAAACCCGGCAUUUCAGAAUUUGCUACCUCUCCGGAGAAAGUCAGUGAUUACAUUUCUCCACUCUUGAACUUUGCUGCAGAGCAUGUACCACGGGCAAAGCACAAAGAGACGCCUCUCUACAUUCUCUGCACAGCUGGAAUGAGAAUCCUUCCUGAAAGCCAGCAGAAAGCCAUCUUGGAAGACCUUCUGACCGACAUCCCCGUGCACUUUGACUUUCUGUUUUCUGACUCUCAUGCAGAAGUAAUUUCAGGGAAACAAGAAGGUGUAUAUGCUUGGAUUGGCAUUAAUUUUGUCCUUGGACGAUUCGAGCAUAUUGAAGAUGAUGAGGAGGCAGUUGUGGAGGUUAACAUUCCUGGCAGUGAAAGCAGGGAAGCCAUUCUCCGUAAAAGGACAGCCGGUAUUCUCGACAUGGGAGGCGUGUCGACCCAGAUAGCAUACGAAGUUCCCAAAACUGUAAGCUUUGCCUCCUCACAGCAGGAAGAAGUCGCUAAGAACUUGUUGGCUGAAUUUAACUUGGGAUGUGAUGUUCACCAAACUGAGCAUGUGUACCGGGUCUACGUGGCCACAUUUCUUGGGUUUGGUGGCAAUGCUGCUCGACAGAGAUACGAAGACCGAAUAUUUGCCAACACAGUUCAAAAGAACAGGCUCCUGGGGAAGCAGACUGGUCUGGCUCCUGACACCCCAUACCUGGACCCUUGCUUACCCCUGGACAUUAAGGACGAAAUCCAGCAAAAUGGGCAGACCAUGUACCUCCGGGGAACAGGAGACUUUGACCUGUGCCGAGAGACCAUCCAGCCUUUCAUGAAUAAAACAAACGAGACGCAGACCUCCCUCAACGGGGUCUACCAGCCCCCCAUUCACUUCCAGAACAGCGAAUUCUAUGGCUUUUCGGAGUUCUACUACUGCACUGAGGAUGUGUUACGAAUUGGGGGGGACUACAACGCUGCUACUUUUACUAAAGCCGCAAAGGAUUAUUGUGCAACAAAGUGGUCGAUCCUGCGGGAACGCUUUGACCGAGGACUGUAUGCCUCACACGCCGACCUCCACAGGCUAAAAGUUCCCCUGUCCGUCCCUUGCUUGUUGAAGUCCUGCCCAGACCUCAGAGUCAGGUAUCAGUGCUUCAAGUCUGCCUGGAUGUUUGAGGUGUUCCAUAGGGGCUUUUCGUUUCCUGUCAACUACAAAAACUUAAAGACAGCCUUACAAGUUUACGAUAAGGAGGUUCAGUGGACCCUCGGAGCAAUCCUUUACAGGACCCGGUUUUUACCGUUAAGGGAUAUCCAGCAGGAGACCUUCCGGGCCAGUCACGCUCACUGGAGGGGCUUCUCCUUUGUCUACAAUCACUACCUGUUCUCGGGCUGCUUCCUGGUGGUCCUGCUCUCCAUCCUCCUCUACCUGCUGCGGCUGCGGCGCAUUCACAGGCGGACGCUGCGUGGCGCUUCGACCACCACCCUCUGGCUGGAGGAAGGCCUGCCGUCCCAGAAGAUGGCCGCGUGAACUUAGGGACGGGAGUUCGAGAGCCCAGGAAGACUUUCUGAAGGAAAAGCCAUUUUUGCCUCAGGGUUUCUCCUCCUUAUUCUCUUUCGGCUUUGUUUUUCCUUUCCCUUUUUUGUUCCUUGCAACAAAAACAAACUCCACUGUCGUAAGCUCUGCCUGUCCAGAAAGUGUUGCGGUUAGCCGUUCUGAAUACAGGUUUAAGUGGAGGAAAAAGGGAAAAUGACUUUGUUUUUGCUGCAUAGGAUACCGACUAAGAUUUUUGGCUUUUCUCUGAGGGAUGUUAAAUUUUAAACAGCUGCACUUUGCCUCUGGAGGGAAUGGCAAAGCCGUUUGCCAUCAGUGGUGGUGGCACUGACGAGUGUCGCGUUCUCAGAACCAGAACCCGCCCGGCGGAAAUCGCAGUCCUCUUUUUGUCCGUCUCAAAAGCUCUAAGCUGAAGAGGGUGGUGUGUAGUUUUCACUUACUGUUCAGGUCUGUCACUACAUGUUUUGUUUGUGGGCUGAAAAACUCAAAGCCAUUUAUACCCAAGACGGAGAAAGGCAGGCACCAGGAGGUAACUGUUUUUAAAACUGAUAGUCCUGGAGGAUGUGAAAUAAUGACUAGAGCAGUGCACAUGUGUGUGUGAGAGAGCAUUUUGUGUGUGUGUGUGAAAAAGUGAGAGAAUGCGUGUGUGAGAGAAAGUAUGAGAGAAUGUGUGUGUGUGUGUGAGAGAGAGAAAGAAUGUGAGAGAGAAUGUGUGUGUGAAACAAUGUGUGUGUGAGAAAGUGUGCGUAUGAGAAAGUGUGGGAGAGAAGCGUGUGUGUGUAGGAGGAAGAGUGUGUGUGAGAGAGGGAAUGUGGGUGCAUGAGAGAGCAAUGCUAAGGGUAGAGGAUGAGAGAAUGCAGUGCUCUUUCUUUUGAAAGCACACACACUUCAAAAUUUAUUGUUUCAUUUCUUUUUAUGUAGAAAAAUCCCCAUUACCGUUCAUGCAUUGUCUUUCCUCACCACGGGUAAUGACUUGCUCAGUCGCACCUUUCAGCAGCCUUAGAACAUUAUGUCUUUGAGUUGGAAAAUCCCUCAAGUUUCACCGCUUUCGACAUCAUUGGAACUGGAGCUCGUGCCUACUGACAGGCACGUCCGCAUUUCUUAGUGGUACGUUUUUCCGGGCUUAAUUGUGCUCUGGUUUCCUCCAACUUCGAGUUGGUGUUCCCCUCCUUAAUUAAAAAUGGUCUCAGUGGUUUUAUUUUGGAGGCCCCCAUGCUUACAGGUUCUCUUUAUUACGGCCAUGAUUGAAGCCAUGGUUGUUAAUACCACUGUAAAUCCGGACGAAGAGAAGGGUCUGACUUCAACAAGAAAUAAACUCACAUUUUGAGAAAAUGGGUUCGACAUUUUAAACAAAGACCUAAAGAAGACAGCUGGAUUGGUGUAUGUGAGAUCGGUUGUUUUACACCUAUUCAUUUUGUUUAGAAGCUUUGGGAAUUCUCAUACCUAGUUUUUUUAGGUGAAGUUCUUUUUAUGAGUGUGUGUGUAUGUGUGUGUGUGUGUGUGUGUGUGCAUGCGUGCUGUUUCUUAGAACAGUGAAAUUCGGUUGGUUGGUAGCAAAUGUUUAUUUUGAGAACCAUCAGCUGCUUUUUCAGACUUCGUUGAUUAGAGAAAGGAUUCAGAUCCUGGAGCCCUUAUUUAACUUAGAUUUUUAUCUUGUUUAUUAUUUAAAACAUGGCAUACUGUAUCUUGAUGACUUGAAAAGAUUACAAAUGUAUAAAAGAAACGCAAAUUCUCUUACUCUGCUCUUCACAAGUGAAUAUUCUAACAGUGAAAAAGUUAUCGGUAGAAUACUCGUCUCUGAGAUCUACGGAAGGUUGGAGGAGCGGCGUCCUGGUACAGCCUCUGAUGUGUGUGGGGUCUUGUUUCAGAGAGGACGGAGGUAAAUGGCCCUGUGAAAGGUCCAGCUUCAGAAACGCUGGUCUCCAGCUAUUCAAGUGCUCGGUCCCUGGUAAAUGCCGUUCCUUAUCAAGACCCAGCCACCGAUGAGCCGUGUUUUAGAUACCCCGGGAGCAAAGUGAGCUGGCGUGCUUGUCCUUGAAUCCUCUGACGGGGUUUGUCCUGUAGACUGCGGGUGGCAUUAGCGGCGAAGAGGGAGUGUGUUUACGUGUUAGCUUUUCUGCUGCCAACCGUUGGGAGUAGUAAGUGACCUGAGAAUGAAACUUUUCAAAUGCCUGGAGUAUGUGAUUUUUGCCUUUAAAAUCAAGGCAAGGAUUAGCCAGCAUAGGCCCAGAUUUAAAUGGGCCUUAGUUCAGACUUCCCACCAUAGAUUGCCACUUUUUAAACAAAGGGUGCCAGUGUGGUCCAGCUCGGUACCGUUUGGGGGCAGAAUCGAGACAGCCAGUUCUGCUUUACACCUAGCCUAGGGAUCCCUCUGCAAGGACCUACCUCAGUCUUCGAAAGAAAUCCCAAACCAGGGUUCCAAGGCCCAAACAACCUUAUACUUUACAUAGUUAAGUGCCCAUGUUCCCCUGCCAAAGAACUCCCAGGACGAGGGCUUGGCCAACUAUUGGCCACAGGGAAAAUCUAGAAGACCUUUGAGCUGAGAAUGGUUUUUCAAUUUUUAAAAGGUUGUUAAAAGAAAAAAAAGGGGGAAGAAUAUGUGACAGUGUAUGUGACCUGUCGAGCCUAAAAUACUUACUAAAUGUCCCUUUAUGGACAGAUGUCCCUUAAAGAUGUUCACGGACCCCUGCGCGAACGACCCCAUUCAAGAAGGCAUACGCACCACAUUCUCUUAGUUCAGGAGGCUAGUUGCCGUGUAUGGGCACAAAAAGAGCUGGGCAAGAGCUGACCAGUUUUCAAUCCUGAAGUAUUUGUGUGUGUACCAGAAUUCCACUUCUUACCUUUCCCUCUAGAUUAUUUUCAAGGUCAGUUUUCCAGUAAGCCAGCAAACAUGCGUCCCCCCACGGGCUGAGAAGGUGCUGUUCAGGAAGGAGGGCUUGCUGCGUUACGUGGAGAGGCCUGCAUUCUCCAGAGGAUCUCACGUGGGUCUUUCUGACGCAAGGGGGGCCGGGCUGAGAGGCAAGCACGGGAGGAGCUUAUUAAUCCAGGAGAGGAGUUCAUAGCAAUUAAGGGCUGGCCAAGAAGGCAGGGAACUCAGAAUACUUGGAAUAGAAAGCAAAAGAAAUGGCGCCAGUGGGGUUUUCCGGCAGCCUCGUGGAAGAAAACGCCGUGUCGAGCCUUGCUGGGAGUGCCGCUACAGGAGAUGCUCUCCUGUCGUCACACUGUGCGCUGCUGCUUUCCAGACCUCCGAGGACGCUCCCAGAGAUCUGGCAGUCCAUUGAAGGACAUCACAGUAACAGUACAAACAUACCCCUUUGUAACCAGUGCUGCUUGCAUAUUUUCACCCUCAACUGCUGGCGCUCCCCAGCCUGGGGGCGGGGGCGGGGGUAAGCUGGAGAGGCUGCGUGUGGCUGCUCCUGGCCCCCCUGGACGGCUGGGAGGGUCACUUGUUCACACCUGCGCACUCAGGUUGGCAACCUCUUAGAUGGACAGAUAUUUAAAGUUUAAACAUCAGGCCUGCAUAGAAUAGUUUUCCUUAGAAGAAGCAUGCAUCAAGAAGCUUGGAAAGGCAAAUGUGUUUUCUAAGCUUUAAAAAAAAAAACACCGGCUUUAGGGUUUUGUGUGAUUAUGUGCAAUGCAGCAAAACUACCGACACGUAAAUUAUUUAGCUAUUUACUUCUACUUGAGUGUUUUCUUUUUUGUGGUACUGCUUUUCCGGUUCAGUAAUGAAUGAUGUGCCCCACCAAGGAAAAUUCUUUGUUCUGUCACUGAGGUGAUGUUUUACAGUUAGGAAUUACAAAAACUAAGGGAGAUCUUUAAAUGGUUUUUUUUUUUUAAUUUCAAUGAUGUUUUCCAUUCAGGAUAAGGAUAAUGGCCUUUGGGGUGCUGUGGGCUCCAAUGAGUUUCCAUAUUUGGCAGCCUCGUGUUGCCACGCUCGCACACAGAAGGGUGUGGAGAGCCAGUAAAAUGAAAGCUCAUCCGCUGGCCCACAGACCCUCUGUGAGCUUGCUUGCUUAUGACUGAAGUAGGUUUUCCUCUGGUGUUUGAAUCUUGUCACCUGUUAGAAUGCUUAGUUGAACUGGAGUCUCAAUUCGGUACAAUAAAUGGUCUGAGUCUGACUGCA